ACUCAGCAUUGCAUUAACUAUUUAUGACAUGAAAUUCAUUAUAAAAUGAAUGAUCUACGGUAGGCACUGGGGGGGAAAGGUUGAAUAUUUGAUGUAUUUCCUAGCUGCCUAGGUGAGGUCAGGUAGGCAGCUGUUUGGUUUCAGACUGUCUUGCUUGUUCUUGUCUGUUCUGUGAGCAUUUUGCAAGAAUAGACCUGAAGAAACAUUAGCUUAAUUGUUUGAAACCAAAUCCACCAUUUGCAACAGUAAAGGAUUUAGCUUUGUUUGGCAAUAAGAAAAUAAAUUUGAAAAAAGAUAAUAACAAAGGAUGCUCAAACUAGUAUGCAGUGACUUGUAUAAACAAGAAAUGGGAAUUUGACUGAGCUGAGGACUUGUGGUGGUUUCCUCAGUCCAGACUGAGUGAUACAAAAAUGAUUGCUACUGUACUAAAGUCACUAGAGCCAAGCCAAGUGUGCGGUUCUACCGGCUGCAGUAAUGGAAAGUGAGCUGCCAGUUUUCUAAAUUUCUGCUCCACGUGAAGCCACGGAGGACCCCUCAAAUGUUGUGAGCUCACAUGGGUUUAAUGGAAAACUGCAGCGUUGAAUCUGCAGCUGAACUGGCUGCUAAAGGAGGUGUGUUCCUAACAGUCAUUUUUUUGGUCCAGCUCAGAGGACUUCAAAUGUCCCAUGUCUUUCUGCGUGACCUGAAAGGGCAGUUGUUUUUGUGUUUAUGGGUUUGACACAAACAGACCUGGGGCCAGCUGAGACAAGGCCAGGGCGGUUUAUCGCGCUGUGCUUGGAGUGGGACGGUGUCUGCUCAGCUCAGUCAGGUCCUGGCCGUCAGGGCCGGAGGGAAGCCACUAAUGACAGCAUGUUGAUUGGCAGCAGGUCUGAGGCUCUCUUUUUUUUAUUUCCACUCUAUCUUUUUUUCACUCUGCCUCACUGUCUGUGAGAAACCCGUCUCCUGUGGUUUUACUGGGAGCUUUGAAAAGACGGCUGCCUGUCUGACCACCGGUGAAGGUGUGACAGAUUCGGGUGGUGCGGGGGUGAAGGAGGUGGGACUCGCACUUCGUAAUUGAGUUGAUGGCUCAGGGACAAACAUCACCCCCUGAGACAGAAAGUCACAGUGAUCUCCGUGCCCCGAUCCAGGAGUUACACACCCAGCAGACACAACACAACAGAGACCUGCAGAGGAAAGGGGCAGGUUCUGACUCCAGCAUGGUUCUGGUUCUUGAUCACCUGGCAAAGGAGGACACCUCUGGGCCUAUGCUGAUCCAGCCUCAGAGAGAAGCUGUGACUCCAGAGUCUGACCUGUUACUGUCCAACCGGACCAGGUCGAACUCCACAGCUUCGGACCGUAGCGGGACGUUUGUCCACUCCAUGUCAAAUCAGGAUUCUGUAACCUUAGAGAAGAAUCUGGGGUCAAACCACCGAUCCCGGCUGGACUCCGGAGCCUCAGACAGGAGCCAGAGUUCCUCCCAGAGGGGUCGCCUAGAUUCUGGCGCCUCGGAGCACAGCAUCAGUUCCCUGUCUUCUGCCAGACAGAGACUGGGAUCGGAUGUCUCUGAUUCAUGUGUCAGACCCCGUCUGGGGUCUGGAAAUAAAGACGGCAUGGGUGUUAUGGCAAGAAAUCGGAUGGAUUCUGAGACAUCCAACCUCAGCAUGAGUUUGUCGUCUGAGGAGAAGGCUCCAAUGGAGGACGUGGAGAGAAAAAAGAUCGGUUCAGUUAGCAGCACUGACUCAGAAACUGAAACAAGCCAAAGUCCAACCAGUGCCCAGGAUCAGCCAGAUGGGGCCGUUUUAUCUCGAAGAGAUGCUGUGAAUGGGCUCCUCAACGGCCACGCUCAGGGAAAGUUAAGCUUCAAGAUUCAAAAGAUAACAGCUAAUGGAAAUCUGACAUCCACUCAUGGCAAAGCCAAGGAAAAUGCACCUGAAAAGAAAGAUGUUAUCUUGGAGCAUUUCAGCCGCACCAACUCUGUUCGAGACCGAAUGCGCAAGUUCACAGAAGCCAGCCAAAGCCUAAACCCAUCAGCUUUGAAGAAGACCCCUCUGAGGAACGAGACCACCUCAGGCCUGACGAAUCUCUCCAGAGCUGCCGAACUGUUUGCACACACAUCAGCAUCCCCCAGCACAUCUGGAGACAGGCCAGCCAGGCCACGUGUAGGCUCUGUAUCGAACACCUCUACUGUGUCCCAGAGCACAGCUGCACCUCAGCCCCUCAAAGGAGUGGCCGAAAGUCCUCUGUCUUCAACCGGCCAAUCGCAGGGCUCCAUGGGCGGGACGAGGCUUCCAGCUGAAAAAGAUGUGCCUGCCUUGGCUGAACCAAAGGAAGACAGGACCCCAGGGAGAGCAGCUGAGAAACAGGGCCCUGAGGGAGAGGAAGACCCCGACAUGAAGACUUUCCUUACGAUUGAGAUCAAGGACGGGCGCACCACUUCCUCAUCCUCUUCGUCAAUGCCGAGAGGCAACAUCAUGCCUACCAGCAUGACCCCACGCAUCACCACUCUGGGACAGAGACCAGAGUUGACCCUUGGCCUAAGAGCUACACCAUUCAAGAUCUCAUCAUCUACCUUCUCCUCUGGAUCCUCCAUCAAGAUGGAGACUGAACCCUUUGUUGCCUCAGAGCCAAUGUGUUCAGCCGGACCAUCCAUGCUUGUGGAGCGUCAAGUCCCCGUCAUCCCAAACGGCUUGAGCACUCAGACAAAACCUGUUGAGAGCUCCGGAAAACUGACAGCUGAAAAGCUUGCCGCCAUCGAGGAUGAGGAUCUCCUUGACAAGAUGCUCGAUGAGUCUAAAGAUUUUGAGGAGAGGAAGAUGAUCCGUGCUGCCAUGAGAGACCUUCGCAAGAGAAAGAGAGAGGCCAUGCUGGGAUGUAGCCAGGAGGAAAUGGACCAAAGAGAGAAGGAGCGUGACACUCGUCUGCAGGAGUUGCGACAGCAGAGGGAGGAGAGGGCGCAGAAAGGUCGCGCAGGACCCGGAGCUGGAGAGGUGGUGAUAAGGAAGAUGGAGAAGUCGGCCGAUGGUUCGACCCUCAGCCAAGUGACUAAGACAAACCGUUUUGCUCAGUCUGAUGAUGGGAGCAAAUCAACACGCAGCACAGUUGUAGAAACCAGUUUUGUGCAGAAAACCGACAGAGGAACAGUCCAGUCAAAAUCAUACAGCUUCACCUCAUCCUCGUCCUCAAACACAAAUAAAAAAGUUGGCAGUGUGUUCGAUCGUGAGGAUGACACGUCGUCUCGAGGCAGCAGUGGCGGUUUGUCCACUACUGAGCGACGGCAGGCAGAGAGGCGCAGGGAGGUGAUGAGGGCCCAGACGAUGCCCAAGACGUCCGCCAUGCAGGCUCGGAAAGCCAUGAUAGAGAAGCUGGAAAAGGAAGGAGGCGGCCCUGGAAAUCAGGCAGUAGCCAAGGUAAACAAGGUGCAGCGCUCCACCAGCUUUGGUGUACCUAACGCAAACUCCAUCAAGCAGAUGCUGCUCGACUGGUGUCGUGCCAAGACGCGCUCGUAUGAGCACGUGGACAUUCAGAACUUUUCUUCCAGCUGGAGCAAUGGGAUGGCGUUUUGUGCCCUGGUGCACAAUUUCUUCCCUGACGCCUUUGACUACGACUCCUUAAGCCCCAGCAACCGGAGGCAAAACUUUGAGGUGGCCUUUAGCGCUGCAGAGACUUAUGCCAACUGCAUGCCUUUGGUGGAAGUGGAGGACAUGAUGAUCAUGGGUAACAAACCAGACUCCAAAUGCGUCUUCACCUACGUGCAGUCUCUGGUGAACCACCUUCGCAGACACGAGAUGUCCAUGGGCCGCCCCUGCGACCUCUGACCUGUGACCGGCGUUCUUUCACAUCUCUGCCGGACGCGUCGGAUUCUGUGUGUGUGUGUUUGUGUCGUUUUGCUUCUAGGGUGUGUUGGCAACACUUCCUUGCCGACAUGAAGUCUACCUCUUUAACAGAAAGAGAGGAUGCCUACAUUUUAAAGAAUCUUUUAAGGUUUUUUAAUUAUUGUUUUUCUUUAUUUAAACUAGGUUCAGUGCAGAAUUCAGAUGUCGUUUUGCUCGCCCCUCAAAAAACGUUUUCAUGCGGUAUCUCCUCUUUUUAAGUAUUUAUACCCGUGUUUUCUCUACUGUUACUCGAUUUGUAUUUUUUCUGCAGUUCUGUUGACAAACCUACUAAAACAGCAACAUUUACAGAAAUAUUAUUUGGUGCAGCAUUUGCUUUCUGUCUGGUACUUUUUUUUUUUCAAAUUUUAACCUUUUUGUAAGUUAUUUUUUAGCUAAUAAGCUUAAUGGGAAUUUUUAAUUGACGAGCACGGGGAUAUUCUUUCUUGUUAUUUAAGUAUAUUCAACAUUGUCAGAGUAAUCUUGUGCUACAAAAAAAAACGCUCCUGCACAGAACUGCUGAUAUAAUUGUCAUUCUGAAAACUGAACCGGUUCAGUAAAACGCAGACAAAGUGUCUUAGAGAUGAUUUAAAUCGUUACUUGAUGUUUUCUGUUGGCACGCUGACAGCACAUUGAAGAAAACAAAAAGGACCACACUGUCGACCCUCUCAAAAUGAUGACGGUGUCCCGCUCCAGACUGUCAAUUAAACAGUUUAUUUAUGCUCAGAUUGGUUUUAAUGUUGGUGUUUUAGUUUGUGCUUUAAGCUUUUAGGCAGCUGCAAUGUGUUAAGGUAAGUUAGUAAGCAGAAGCUCUUGUAAUUUCUUUCUGUAACAAAUUGGUUUCGCUUCUCAGUGUGGACACUAAUGCUGAAAACUAUACACUUAUGAUGAUGGCUAAGAGAAGAUAUGAGGAUUAUUAUUUUAAAGUUCUUUUAAGAGAAAAUAAUGAAAACUUGUCUGCAAGAAUUGUUUUAGAUGAUUUUUUUCUAAAAGCUAGUUGUUUUGGUUAAUAUAAAAGUUCCUCAGCUGCUUGCAAAUGGAAAAAAUCAAACCGCCCCGGGAAGCAAUGAGCAUUGAGUGCGUUUGUGUAUAUAAGGCUUAAACACAUUGUAUGACUUCAUGUUUUCUGUGCACCACACUUCAGUGUAAAUUAACAAUUAAACCAAUUUGAGAAAUUAA